AUCGGUGAGGGGGAAGAGAGCGACACCCGUAGCUCCGCUUUACCGCCGCAUUCUCGAGCGUUCGUCUCCGUUCGUCUCCUCGUACGGCAAGCAAGCGAGCGAAUGCACGUCGUCGUGUCGCGCGCAUACCAUUAUUUCGUGUCUCGUGUUCAACCUAGAAUACAGUUUCUCUUGUAUACGUAUCAACAGCGUACAUCUGUGCAUCGGUAUUAAUGACGCUUAGUCGUUAGUCAGUUUUCGAUGAACGUUUAUUGCUAGAGUAAGUGUGGUAAAAAUAUCUGGCGUCCGAGUAACGUGUUCUUCUUUUUCUUUGCUCCGCCUUUACGGCGCGUCGCUCACUUCGAGCGCUAGAACGCGUUUGCUAAAAUUUCAGUGCUCGAUAAUUCUCAAACUAUUGAACAUCAUUUUUCGUGGCGUUACAAUAUAAUCUAUUGUAAUUACGAUACAAAGUGGAAAGGAAACGUGGAAGACGUAAUGGGAAUAUAUUGAGUGAUUUUUCGAGAGUGAAAUUGAUUUUACGUGGUGUUUAUUUUACGGAGACUAGCACAGUCUCUCAUAAUAAAUAUGUUAUAAAAUCGUUAUCGUGCAUCCACAAAGUGCAUAAAGGAUAUACAGGAACAGAAUAAUAGACGUGAAAAAGUGAAUGUGAGUGAUACGUUAGUACGUUGUGACAACGACGACGACUCGGCGGAAUAUUCGUGGACGAAGAAAUUGACCAAAAUGAUGGGGAAGAGAACGCAGUGCUACUUGUGCGAUCUGCCUAGAAUGCCCUGGGCAAUGAUCACGGAAUUUUCGGAACCCGUGUGCCGUGGUUGUGUAAAUUAUGAGGGUGCCGACAGAAUAGAUGCAGUAUUGGAAUCGGCUAAGCAAAUGAAAAAAGCACACGGUUUCCAUGAAGCUAGAUCUUCUACAUCAAAAGCUUAUAGAACAUCCGGACAUACUGAACACAACGGAGGUGCUAAUUUGGACGUUCUACCAAUACAGAAUACUGGUCAAAAUCAUUCAAGGCAUCACAAUAUUGCUAGUUAUUCACAGCUUCAUCAUCGAAACUCCAUUACCGAAUUCAACUCAAGUACAUCAAGGCAGCAAAUCUCUCGGCAACAUGAAGAAACUCAUGAGAUUGCAAAUGGCAUGAGGAGUAAUAACGUGAGAAUCCCAAACGCCCACCUAGCAGCAGUGGCGCAUCACGUGAAUCUUAGCCACAACAGAGGUAUCGCACAACUCAAACGAAGUAUUUCCACAAUCGAUGAGGAUGAGCAUGCUGAGAAAAGACUUUCGUUGGAAGAACAGCAUUCAGUAAGACCACCAUUGACUAGAGGUGAUUCCUUACCAGCUGUAAGUCUUGCCGUCAGUUAUGUACAAGAUAGAAGCAAAGAAAAACAUCCUGUGAGAGCACCUAGCUUCGAGACCGCCACUUCAUUCAAGGCCAAUGGAGCAUAUGUUGGUCCAUCUAUUCCAUUAGCACCAGCAAAUGUAGCGGCAAAUGGUGGAGGGUCUCCUCUUCGUCCACGAACUAGCCCUCCACCACCGCCGCCACCAACGCAAGAAACCACUAAUGAUAAUCCACAGACGAAUCAUCACCAGGGUACAACAAACGGCCCAUCUCCAAUGGCCGCGCUCAUGUCUGUUGCUGAUAAUUUAGCAUCACCAGAAUCAGUGCCACAACCACCAAAUAAUCCAAGUCCAACUAGCAGAAGCCCACCGACUACGGCUACGAACGCUCAACAACGUAGUGCCUCCAGAGGAUCGCAGCAUAGCCCGAAUAGUUCAGCAUCGUCGGGUAGGAGGUCCAGUGGUUCAAGACAUGUAUCGUCAACGACUGUAACAACUUCAUCAGAGGGAGCAGUUGCUCAAGUUGCUGGAGCUGAACAAGUUUCAGCACCAAUAUUAAAAUGCACUUUGUGUCAAGAACGUCUCGAGGACACACAUUUCGUUCAGUGUCCCAGUGUACCACAUCAUAAAUUCUGUUUCCCAUGCAGCCGAGAGAGCAUAAAGAGACAGGGUGCUGGAUCAGAGGUUUAUUGCCCAAGUGGCGAAAAGUGUCCACUGGCGAACAGCCAAGUGCCAUGGGCGUUUAUGCAAGGCGAAAUAGCCACUAUCUUGGGCGACGAUACCACCGGUUCUGGGCUUAAAGUAAAGAAAGAAAGAGAAACUUAAAGAUUCUCAUACUGUUUUAAAACGGGGCUCAAAUUUUGCACCCUCUUUGACGAGGGUUAAUUAUGGUGGAACCGUGAAGGUUUAACCAAAAAAUACUUUUGGUAAAGGUGAUAAAUGUUGGCGGCGAUAUUGCCAACAUUAUUCGAUUCGAGCCAAAGACGUUGUCGGUGCAAAUUGGAAUUAAUAACGAAGUUGUUGAUGUUGUUGUCGGGGAAAGUGGACGAUUUUUUUCAGCGAUUUGUUUCGCUGAAUGUUCUUUUCACCGAGACAACAGACUGUUUCGAUCGAUCAAUCGUUCGUUCGAUCAAUUGUUUUUGACUGGUUUUGAGAAGAAGUCUUUGGCAUACUUUUUGACAUAAUGGCGUCGGUUCUGCAUACGUGUAUAUAUGGGAUUAUCAUAGGACGGUUAAUGCGCGAAGAAGUCAAAAAAAAAAAAAAAAAAAUACGUGGUUUCUAUCGAAU